ACUCUAUAUAGUAAGUAGUGAAAAAUCUAUAACUUUUAAGACUUUUUAUAGUUGUUGUAUUAUUCAUAGGCUUUAGGUUAGUACAGGUGUCAAUAGUGAUUGAAAAAGAAUCAAUACAAACAUGGCUCCUCAUGCUUUAACUGUUGAAAGCAGUAGAAAUAGUAGUUCUAAUCAUAGUUUUAAUGAACAAUUUGUUAAUGAACAUCUUGCAAAUCCAUUUGGUUCAACUGCUGAUCCUCAACUUAUUAAAGGUUCAAUUUAUACAUCACCAUUAACCAUUAUUAAUCAAGCUAUUUAUUCAGUAUCUUCUAAAAUAUUUAGUUAUGAAAGUGUUGGUAUUGAUAAUCUUUUAGAUUCUAAUAUUUAUAAUUGGAAUGUUAAUUUUGAUAGAGUUAAUUCAUUUGGUAUUAAACCUUUCUAUAAUAAAUUCCAAGUUAGAUCGGGUGCUGCCAGUGCUAUUUUAGGUUAUUUUAAAAAAAAUGGUACUAAUGGUCAACCAUUAUCAACUAUUAUUGGUGCUAAUGCUUUAACUUAUAUGAAACCAACUUUAUCAGGUACCACUAAUGUUUCAUUACCUUUAUCAUUUAAUGUUAGUGCUAUUGAUUUUGAUUUUAGUUCCAAUUCUUUAGUUUCAAAUUAUGGUAUUCCCUUAAACGUUGCUAGAUCUUUAGGUUAUUCUGUUAUAACUCCAUUAGAUUUAAAUAAUGGAGUUGAAUUACAACAUAUUACUGUAUUAAAUCAUUAUUUGGCUAGUCUCAUUGGUCAACCAUCUUUAAAUGUUUUUGAUGGACCUAAUUUUGUUAAAUACUAUACUAAAUAUAAUGAUUUAUUAAGUGUUGAAGAAUUAGGAGUUUUAUAUCAACAACUUUUAGGUAAAAGUCAACAAAUUCCUCAAAAUUUAGAUGAAGCUAUUGAAAUUGCCUUUAAUAAUUUAAAUGAACUUAGUGGUACCAAUUAUUCACAAUUUGAAUAUUUUGGAUCAGAAAAUCCAGAAACGGUUUUAAUUAGUUAUGGAACUUUUGAAACUAGUCAAUUAUUAAGAUUAAUUGAAAAUUCAGGAAUUAAUUCAGUUGGUUUACUUAAAGUUAGAGUUCCAGUACCUUUUAAUCAAACUAAAUUUAUUUCUUCAUUACCUUCUAGUACUAAAAAGAUUCUUAUUUUAGAUCAAGUAAAUGCUGAUGGUAAUGGAACUGGAUUAAUUAGUGAUAUUACUUCAACUUUAUUCUUACAAGGUUUAUAUCAUAAUUUAAAAAUUGAAGAAUUCAAUUAUCCUUUAAAUUUUGAAUGGACUCCUAUUACUAUUAGUAAGAUUUUAGUUAAUUUUAUUGAUUCAUUAACUGAAGAUGAAUUAUUGAUUGAUAAUGUUAAUACAUCUUCAAGUAAUGGUCAUAAUGAAGAAUCAUUAACUGCUAAUUCUUCACCUAUUGGUAAAUACUUAUUAUGGGGAAAAGAUAAUGGAAUAUUAGUUAAAACUGCUGAUAAAUUAGCCUUUUCAUUAUCAUUAGAUGAUACUAAAGUUGUAUCUAUUAGAAAUAAAUUUGAUAAUUCAUCUAAUGGAGGUAUCUUCCAAUCUCAAAUCAUUUCUACUAAUAAUGGUUCUAAUAAAAAUGGUGAAUCUAUUGAUUCUGCUGAGUUAGUAAUUUUAGAAGAUUUAUCAAUUUUAAAAGAUUAUGAUGUUUUAGCCACCUCUAAACCAGAAUCAACUAUUUUAUUAUUGAAUACUACUUCUAAAAUUGAAGAAAUUGAAGAAUUUGUUGAAAAGAAAUUAUCACCUGAAUUCAAAAUUGCCUUGGCUAAGAAUCAUAAUAAAUUGAUUGUAGUUGAUUUAACUAUCUUGAAAGAUUUAGAUGAAUUAAAUCAAUCUACUAAGGGAUUUUCUGAAGAAUUUUUAGUUCAAUUAGCAUUCUGGAGAUCCACUUUACCUGAUUUGAAAUCCUUUGUUGUUAAUAAGUUAUUACAAGCUAAUGGUAAUGGAUUUGAAUUAUUAGCAGUUGUAUUAGAUAAAUUUAUUCAAACUAUUGAUGAAAAUAAUGGAUUGAAACCAAUUAAAGUUUCACCCGAUUGGAUUAAUUUAGAAAUUGCUCCUGUUGAAAAUGAAGAUGAAGCAAAUGGCGAUGAUGAUGAUGAUGCUGAUGAAGAACUUGAAGAAGCUAAGCAAUUACCAUUUUUCCCAUUUGAAACAUCCUUUUUCCCUAACCCUCGUGAAGUACCAGCUGAUUCUGAAACUAGUGAAACUAAAGUUAUUGGUGUUAAUGAUAUUGCUACUAAAUUAGCUUUUGCUGAAGCAUAUGGAGUUAAACAAGAUUUACGUCCAGACUUACCAGUUAAGAAUUUUAUUGUUAAGGUUCAAGAAAAUAAAAGAUUAACUCCUCAAGAAUAUUCUCGUAAUAUCUUCCAUAUUGAAUUUGAUAUUGGCGAUACUGGAUUAACUUAUGAUAUUGGUGAAGCCUUAGGUAUUCAUGGUAGAAAUAAUGAAGAAGAAGUUAGUGAAUUCUUAAAAUUUUAUGAUCUUAAUGGUGAAGCAUUAGUUGAAGUCGCCAAUAAAGAUGAUCCAACUAUUUUAGAAAUUAAAUCUAUUAGACAAACAUUAAGUGAUACGGUUGAUUUCUUAGGUAAACCACCAAAGAGAUUCUAUGAAAGUUUAGCCGAAUAUGCUUCUGAAGAUAAAGAAAGAGAAAGUUUAUUAAAAUUAGCUAGUGCAGAAGGAGCAGAAGAAUUAAAGAAAAGACAAGAAGUUGAUUUCGAUACUUAUGUUGAUAUUUUAUCUGAAUUUAAAUCUGCUAGACCACCAUUUGAAGAAUUAAUUAAGAUCAUUAGUCCAUUGAAGAGAAGAGAAUAUUCAAUUGCAUCCUCUCAAAAGAUUCACAACAAAGCUAUUCAUUUAUUAAUUGUUGUUGUUGAUUGGGUUGAUUCAAGAGGUAGAAUUAGAUAUGGACAUUGUUCUAAGUACCUUUCUGAUUUAAAGAUUGGUGAUGAAUUAGUGGUUAGUGUUAAACCUUCAGUUAUGAAAUUACCACCAUUAUCAACUCAACCUAUAAUUAUGAGUGGAUUAGGUACUGGGUUAGCACCAUUUAAAGCGUUUGUUGAAGAGAAAAUUUGGCAAUUACAACAAGGAAUGGAAAUUGGAGAGAUUUAUCUUUAUUUAGGUUCAAGACAUAAGAAAGAAGAAUAUCUUUAUGGAGAAUUAUGGGAAGCUUAUAAGGAAGCGGGAGUUUUAACUCAUAUUGGUGCUGCUUUUUCAAGAGAUCAACCACAAAAGAUUUAUAUUCAAGAUAAAAUCAGAGAAAGUAUUGAAGAUUUAACUGAUGCAGUUUGUAAAAAACAAGGAGCUUUCUAUUUAUGUGGACCAACUUGGCCUGUUCCUGAUAUCACAGCUUGUUUAGAAGAUAUUGUUACUAAUGGUGCUAAGAGAGAAGGUAAAGAAAUUAAAGAUGUUGCUAAAGUAGUUGAAGAUAUGAAAGAAGAAGGAAGAUACAUUUUAGAAGUUUAUUAGAUUCAUAGACAUAAAUAUUUAUAUAAAAUUUUGCAAAAUAUCGUUAAUAUACUUUUACUUUUUGAAUUUUUGCAGUUAUUUGCGUGCAGGUUACCCCACAUAUAUGCCCCAUGUUCCUUAUUUACUCCAAAUUUCAUGAGAUGUUUGGUUAAUCAAAGUGCUCAAUCCAAUAGAUAUUACAUAAAAUUUCUUCAAAGGCUCUUAAA